UUCACCAAUUAGAUGGUUAGAUAAUAAGAGAUAAGCUUAAAAUUAUAUUUAUCAUAAUCUAACUAGUACACUUUAAUUUGGGCAGUUUAAUUUGAAAAAUUUAGAUGCUAUGUAUGCAAGUGGAUGGUGAAGAUGAAAAUAAUCACUAGUUUUCCCUCUUGCAUGGCCAAUUGAGUUUUGAAUCCACCUAAUUUUUGGUCUCUUGUCCUAAAAUGAUUUGGAAAAUUAGAUGGAUAUUGUGAAUUUCUCACAAAAUCACAGUAGGCCACACCUAGCAUCUCAGCGCAGGAAGUGCUUUCACAGGAAAUCCACGUCCAGCAACACUUGUCUGGCAUGGAUUGUAUACUGACACUGCCAGCACAGAGGUCACUACGAGACAGUGCACUGUAGGCCCACAUAAUGUAUGUAUUUCAUCCAUGCCGUCCAUUGACUUUAGAUAAUUAUUUUAGGGCAUAACCUAAAAAUGAGGUAGGUCAAAUUCUCAUGUGGAUCACACCAUAUGAAAACAGCGGUGAUUGAAUGCCCCACCAUUAAAUAUUUUCUAGGGCCCACUCUAAUGUAUAUUUGCCAUCUAACUUAUCAAUCAGGUCACAUGAACCUGAUGAAGGGAAAAUCUCAUGGGAUGCCUCACCCAACGAAUAGCAUAAAUCUCUCUCACACAUGUGCCAUGCUGCAAGUGUACCACCAAUUUCCCAUUCCAUGACCUCUCAUGAAUCCCUUAUAUAUAUAUAUAUAUAUUAUUAUUAUUAUUAUUAUUAUUAUUCGUAAAUCUUGUAAUAAGAUGAGGUAUGCUUCGUCCUGUGGUCAGGAGGUUUUCGAAUUUCACGCGCACACAGUGCUCUCAUCUUUUACGAAGUUCCAUCGACCACUGAAGAAGAAAAAGAAGCUACAGGUGCUGUUGAAGACGAAGAAGAAAAAGAAGAAGACAAGUUUUAUUCUUUUCCUAGAGAAGAAGGUACAUCUAUACAGGAGAUUUCUUCUGAGUAGCUUGAGGAAAGGAGACUUGUAUCAUGCAGAGGCAAAUGCAAAUUUCUGGCGCUUAUCAUCCAAGUCCUGUCUUCCAACAAUGUGUGAAGGAGAUAACUCGGGUAUUCGAGGUUGUCAAUGGUGAAUUAUCUUAUGUGGUUCAGAUGGCUACACAUUUACAUAAUCUUCAACCACAUCUAAAAGCAUUACUCAAGAAGCUUUGAUGCAUUUGUUUCGAG